AUGGGUGUUACGAUCGUGAUGCGCUCGCGUUCAGGGAAGCGUCUACUACGAUAUCAUCAAAACGGCACUGUUUCGAUUCAAUCGGCGUCGGAAACCACCGUUAACAAGCCAUUGCCGCCGUUUUUGCCGGAAGAACUCAUCGUGGAAAUCCUCCUCCGACUUUCGGUGAAAUCUCUCCUUCAAUACAAGUCUCAAACGUGCAUCCACAGUUGGUCUCUGUCUUUAUGGGGUAUUGCAAACUGCCAUUUCGUAUCUUAUCCUUUAAAACCACUGUUGGAUAACCCAUCAAUUAGUGCUGAACUUGAACCCGCUAGCUUUGAAACGAGACACAGCACGUCAAUCAUAGGUUCAUGCAAUGGGUUGCUUUGUUUACGUGAUUCCUCUGGAUUUACUUUGUGGAAUCCUUCUAUCAAAUUGAAAUCCAAAUCAUCUCCUACCAUUGUUGCUUUUGAUCUUUUCCGUUUACUAUAUUAUGGCUUUGGCUAUGAUCAAGUUAACGACAGGUACAAGGUCCCAGCAGUUGUGCAAAAUGGCUAUAAUUUGGAUGAAACUAAGACCUUAAUUUAUACCUUUGGGGAAAAAGAUUGGACAACUAUUCAAAAGUUCCCAUGUGAUCCGCGGUGUGAUCCUGGUCGGUUAGGGGUAGGGAAAUUUGUGAGUGGCACUUUGAAUUGGAUAGUUAAUAAUAAAGAUGUGAUAGUUUCGUUUGAUCUCGAGAAGGAGACUUAUGAAGAAAUUUGGCUGCCUCAAUAUGAUGGUGUCAAUCAUGUGUUGUAUGUUUCAAGUAAUUGCAUUUGCGUGUCUAUUGAUCACUCAAAGAAAACUGUUGUGUGGAUGAUGAAAGAGUAUGGAGUUGUUGAGUCAUGGACUAAAAUGAUGAUCAUCCCCCAUGAUAAGUUGACAUGGGAUGUUCGUCCCCUAGUCGUUUAUCUGAUGCCUUGUUCAUCUCGGAAUACGGAGUUCUCUUUAUGAGACCUCAGCAUUCCAAACUUAGCGUGUAUAACUUAAAUAAUGACGGUGGUUUAGAUUAUCGUACUACAAUUUAUGGUCGAUUUGCACGUAAUCUACAUAUUUACAACGAGAGUUUGUUAUCACCACACUGUAUGAGCAGGUUGGAAUUGCUAAUUACACUGGCUAUCAUGUGAUUCAUGAUGUUCAUAGCUUAGUAGCAUCCAGAGGAUUGUCAUGGGAUUCAUUUAAGUUACCGCACCAUAUGAUCUUGAAGGACACGAAGGCAAAGGAUUGUUAGAUACCCUUCAUUUAGUUUUAAUUAGUUUACUUUAGUUUUUUGUACAUUUAUAGAGUAAUCAGAAUACUUUUAGCCAGUUAGAGUGUUUUCAUAUUUUCUAGGUUAUAGUUACUUUCCCUUAUCCCUAAUGAAAAGUGAUAAGUUUUAUACUUUGUUCAUCAACUCUUUCAUUCCUUUUCUCUCCCAAAUGUGUGUUAUAGUAUUUAACAAGGAUGCUCACUGUGCAAUAUAUUUGCAGGGGAUCAUUCUUUGCAGAAUUUGUGAAUUAACGACCACAAAGAUGCAUUGUUUGCACUGAGAUACUUGCC